AUGGGCACUUCAUCACCUGGAUAUUCUCCUGGGGAUUGCUCUGAUGAAACCAAGAAUAACAACAUCUACAGAGAUGCACAGAUGAAGGCAAUUCUUAACCAGAAACUGGUAGAAACUGGUGAACGAGAACAACUUCAGGAGUGGCUAAGAGCUAAAUUAAUCGAAUGUGAUUGGAAAGAUCAAUUACAAGCUCAUUGUCGAGAUGUGAUUCAAGCAAAAGGGGCAGAACAUGCUAAUGUUGACAACUUGGUAUCAGAGAUCACUCCCAAAGGCAGAGCACUUAUACCCAACAGUUUCAAGGAGGAACUUUUACAAAGAGUAAGAACUUUCCUUGCUCAGCAUGUCACACCUUAA